AUGGAGCGGUCUGGCUUGGUAUUGCAGGACCUUCCACCUGAGAUCCUGAUAAACAUCUUUUCUCACUUAGAUGAAAAGGAUUUGUUCACAUUGCAAGAACUUUCUACGCAUUUCCGAAACCUCAUUCACGAUGAAGAACUUUGGAAGAACCUGUUCAAGUCUAGAGUUCACACUACUCAUUUUCCCACAUUUUCCCAGUCUUCGAAGUUUAGUGUAGAAUACAUUGAAAGAACACGGGGCCUUCAUCAUUGGCAACACAACAAGGCCAUAAGAACCAAAUACACAAUAAUGCCGACGAGGAACUGGAACCAGCCCAGUAUAGAACGCAUAGUGUUCGAUUAUCCACGAGUUGCUGCUUAUAAUGAUGGUACCAUUACCAUUCUACAAUUACAAAAUCACAAGAGGCAGAAGAAGUUCAAAAAAUUGAUUUAUAUUCCAUGUACGACACCACAAGGUUGCUCUACCAUGGAUUUCAAUAUUAACGCUGCAGUGUUCGGUAGAUUUGACGGCAGAGUGUUCGGGAAACUGCUCAGUAACAAAUCGUACUUGACGCCCGUGAUGGAAUUUACGGGAAGACAUAGUGCCGGCGUUACUGCCAUUUGUAAUUCAGAAUCCUGGGACACGUCUAGGGAAGACUGGUCUGUCAGUGGCUCUGAAAAUGGUGAAGUUAUUUGGUGGUGCGAAAAUAAGCUCGUUAAGAUGUGGAAGGUUUCUAACAGGGUUAUUUGGAAACUAGCUUUUUUCAAAGAUUGGACUCUAAUCAUGGAUGAUGAAAAGUUGUACAUCAUAUAUCAGAUGCAGGAAUUGCAUAGCAUCGACAUUCCUAGGGAUGCGGGCGAACAACCCAUGAGGGUGCGAUUUUUCAAGAUGGAUUUUGGCUCCAUGACUUUGGUGCUUGCUGACUUGAAUAACGUUUAUACAAUAUCGGUCAACCCCAAUGGUAACUUCGGCAAUUUGAGGAAGUUGGAAAUGCCUGAGCAGAUAUGCGCAAUUGAAAUAGACGCAAAAACUUCUCAAAGAGAACAAAACUGGCAAUUUGCCGGUGACGAUGGCUGCUAUAUCAGUCUUUUGACGAUACAGAACAUACUCUACAUUAUCAAUAUAAGAGAUCUUUCCGCGGCAGGUCUGAAAGUCCAAUGUAAAAUAAGUUUUGAUGAACAAGUAUAUGUGUCGCAGGUGACAAAUUUAAUCGUUGUAGUAGCAUUGCCAAAUACUCUACAAAUAUUGAACGCGAUGACAGGUGAGUUAAUAAAGUCAGUGUUGAAGACUGACAAGUUUCCUGAAUUUUUGAAGGUAUCGCAGGAUAAAAUCAUUAUGGGAAGCGGUAACGUUUUGAAUUAUUUAACGUUUGUUUCGGGUGACUCGAAAAAACACCACCAUUCUAGCAAGGGUAAAAACGCAAUAAGCAACAAGUGGAAUGAAACUUUAAAUACAGAGUUGCAAUAUUAUGAUGAAGAUGAGGACCUCAGGAGGAAAAGACAAUCAGAAAUAUCAAGAUUGAUUAAUGCUUAUGGUGGAGACUUGGAAUUUUUAGGUAACGCUGAUGAAGAAGACGACAUUCAGUUGAGAAUCGCACUCUUAGAAUCGCAGGAGGUACAAGCGCGGAAUCAAGCCGAAACGGGAGAACUUCUCGGAGAUGAUGAAGAUGAGCAGUUAAGAAGGGCGUUGGAAGAAUCUCAACUGAUACAUCAGGCACAGAUGAAUAGGCCUGCGAAUCAAAAUAAUAACACGAAUGAUGAGAUAGAUGAAGAUGAUGAAGAAUUUCUCAGAGCCAUCAGACAAUCAAGAUUAGAAGACGAAAGGAGGAGAGAUCUUAGAAGUCAUGCUACAGGUCGACGAAACGGGCCUUUGAGUGACGAAGCUUUUACUACAGAUGGUGCAGAUUCAUCCGAGCAAGCUUCAACCGAGAACACCAUCGAUAGUGCUGUUGGUGUCGAUGCUGGUAAUAAUGUUGAUGAGGACUUACAACUGGCCAUUGCGUUGUCACUGAGUGAAAUCAACUGA